GGGUGAUGUCAGCUCUGGACAAAAAUAGAGAGGGAUCGCCUGCAAAUCCCCAGCUCCGGCUGGGCUAAACCUUGCAAUCCCUCUUCGGCCGGCGCCGAGCCAGGGCGCAGCGGCCUCUACCGCCUCCCCCGGCGCGCACACACCAGCACACGCGCACGCACGCACACACUCCCCCGCACUCGCACUCCCGGUCUUCCCCAUCCCGCUCGGUGCCGGCCACUCCUGGUACCGGUCUGCCCCGCGGCGAAGCACACAGACACGCACACACACAGGUGGCUGCUGGGAAGCGGGGAGUGUGUUCCUGCAGCCCUGCGGCCAGCGCGACCUCGCAGCAGCCGGUGCAGGAUCCCCGCAGCGCCCCUCGGAGCGCUGGCCGCGAGCCGCUCACGGGACCGCGCGCGGUGGAAAGCCGGGACGUGGAUUAGCGCCCGCAGCAGCCUCCCGCGCGCGCCGAGGCGCUAAAGGGCUUACCCAGGAGGGGGGUGCGAGGGCGGAGAGAGGCUGCCCGUUAAAUACCGCUCUCCGCCGCACUCCGGGCUCACCCAGCUCGCCGCCACCGUCUCCAGACCGUGCCCGGGAGGAGGGGGCGUUCCCCACGCCAUGGCAUCAACAGAGGGGAGGAGGUAAAAUGUCGUUACUGUGCUGAGCAGUGCUCCUUGCUGUUCCGUCUUAUGGGGAACGGGUCUGCAGGGACCAGCCGUUCACCUUGGCUCCUCUUCGCUGGCUAAGGGCCUUGUUCCCCUGGCAUUUAGGAGUUGCAUAAAAGUGCCAACAAUAUGCCCAAGCAGGUAGAAGUGCGCAUGCAUGACAGCCACCUCAGCUCCGAUGAGCCAAAGCACCGAAACCUGGGCAUGCGCAUGUGCGACAAGCUGGGGAAAAAUCUCCUGCUCUCACUGACUGUGUUUGGUGUCAUCCUGGGAGCAGUGUGUGGCGGGCUGCUUCGCUUGGCAUCGCCCAUCCACCCUGAUGUGGUCAUGUUGAUAGCCUUCCCGGGGGACAUACUCAUGAGGAUGCUGAAGAUGCUCAUCCUCCCUCUUAUCAUCUCCAGUUUAAUCACAGGGUUGUCAGGCCUGGAUGCUAAAGCCAGCGGCCGCCUAGGCACGAGAGCUAUGGUGUAUUACAUGUCCACGACCAUCAUUGCCGCCGUGCUGGGGGUCAUCCUGGUGUUGGCCAUCCACCCAGGCAAUCCCAAACUCAAGAAGCAGCUAGGGCCCGGGAAGAAGAACGACGAGGUGUCUAGCCUGGAUGCCUUCCUGGAUCUCAUUAGAAAUCUCUUCCCGGAGAACCUGGUGCAAGCCUGUUUCCAGCAGAUUCAGACAGUGACAAAGAAAGUUCUGGUGGCACCUCCAUCUGAGGAGGCCAAUACCACCAAGGCGGUCAUCUCCAUGUUGAAUGAAACCAUGAACGAGGCCCCUGAAGAAACUAAGAUCGUUAUCAAGAAGGGCCUGGAGUUCAAGGACGGGAUGAACGUCUUAGGUCUGAUCGGAUUCUUUAUUGCUUUCGGCAUUGCCAUGGGGAAGAUGGGUGAACAGGCCAAGCUGAUGGUGGAGUUCUUCAACAUUCUGAAUGAGAUCGUGAUGAAGUUAGUGAUCAUGAUCAUGUGGUACUCCCCUCUGGGUAUCGCCUGCUUGAUUUGUGGGAAGAUCAUCGCCAUCAAGGACUUAGAAGUGGUUGCUAGGCAGCUGGGGAUGUACAUGAUCACCGUGAUCGUGGGCCUCAUCAUUCACGGGGGCAUCUUUCUCCCCUUGAUUUACUUUGUAGUGACCAGAAAAAAUCCAUUCUCCUUUUUUGCUGGCAUAUUCCAAGCCUGGAUCACUGCUCUGGGAACUGCUUCCAGUGCUGGAACUUUGCCUGUUACCUUCCGUUGCUUGGAAGAUAAUCUAGGGAUUGACAAGCGUGUGACCAGAUUCGUCCUCCCAGUCGGAGCAACCAUUAACAUGGAUGGCACAGCCCUUUACGAGGCUGUGGCAGCCAUCUUCAUAGCCCAAAUGAAUGGGGUCAUCUUGGAUGGAGGUCAGAUUGUGACUGUAAGCCUUACAGCCACCCUGGCGAGCAUUGGUGCAGCCAGUAUUCCCAGCGCCGGGCUGGUCACCAUGCUCCUCAUUCUCACAGCUGUGGGCCUGCCAACGGAGGAUAUCAGUCUGCUGGUGGCGGUGGACUGGCUGCUGGAUAGAAUGAGAACUUCAGUCAAUGUGGUGGGCGAUUCUUUUGGGGCUGGGAUUGUCUAUCACCUUUCCAAGUCUGAGCUGGACACCAUUGACUCCCAACACCGAAUGCAGGAAGACAUCGAAAUGACCAAGACGCAGUCCAUUUACGACGACAAGAACCACAGGGAAAGCAACUCUAAUCAGUGUGUCUAUGCCGCACACAACUCUGUCGUAAUAGAUGAGUGCAAGGUAACUCUGGCGGCCAAUGGAAAGUCAGCUGACUGCAGUGUUGAGGAAGAACCUUGGAAACGUGAAAAAUAAUGACCCGAUUCUCAGCCAAUUCUUGAAUAAACUCCCCAGCGUAUCUUAUGGUAAAAGAUGCUCUCUAAACAGGCUUCCUUUACAAAAGGAAAAGAUGCAUAUGUUUCUAUGUUUACUUAAUCUGUUAGCUGAGGCAUAGAGGAGCUGUGUACACCCGUGAUGAUAGGCACCGUGCUGUGUCUUUGCCAAAUAAUGCUUUAUAACUGUCUAAUUUUCUUACUUGUGUUAUUGUUUGAAUGGACGCUGCUGGAGAAACUACUUUGAAUGGAAGACGUGUUCUUGCCAGCUUCCUUUUGUCUCAGUGCAACACUGUGGAUGCUAUUUUUUUUCCAAGGGGACAGGAUGAAAGCAGUGUGGUACCCUCCAGGGACUUAAGACAACGAGCACACAUGUGCUGUCUUCCUUAAAGUGUUCAUGGCUCACCUUGUUCUACACAAAAGAUUCUGCUUGAAGCUUCUAGAAUUACCUCCCCUCCAGCCUGUAGAGAGUUGGCACCUACAUUGAUUGAAAGCAUCUGCCUGGGGGAACUCUGACAACUUACCUUUUUGUGCACUGUCUAAGUAGAAUGUUUCAGAGUUUCAUGGGUGCCCAUACUCUGAAAUGCAGGUGACCAUAAAGGCCACAGCUCUGCCUUUCUGUGUGUGUGUGUGUGUGUGUGUGUGUGUGUGUGUGUGUGUGUGAGAGAGAGAGAGAGAGAGAGAGAGAGAGAGAGAGAGAGAGAGAUGUGUGUGUGUGAAAAAUGUGAAAUUUCAAAUUUGAAAAUGAUCUAGGAAUCAUUUGCAUAUUACCACUGUAUACCUUGAGGAAAGUGAAGGAGCAUAGUCAACUUGAAUUUUAGUCAGAAUUAAAUAUUCCAAUUCUCUUGUUUGACUUGCAUUCGUAGAGCAUAUUGAACUCAAGUGUGAUGAUCUGAUCUGGUUUUUUGUUCCACCCAUAGAUUCUCACUUGAGUUCCUCACCGAAAGAUAUUUCUAACACCCAAGUCACUUCCAUCACAUCCUUGUCUGCUUAUAUGGCUGAGCACUUCAGCUUCCUCACAUUAAGAGACACACGUUGGCUAUGACUCUUUUCCUAUCAUCCUGGUAUAUAUCUAAUAUGUAGAAAGUGUUUGUUAUAUUAAAGCACAUGAAAAAUAUCACAAAACACAAAAGUUCUUUGGUGAGAAGGGAACAGAAACCACACAUGUAUAUAAAAUCCUAUAAAGGUUCCUAUGACAGAGGCCAGGCAGCCUCAAACCAUCAGAUGGGGACCAAGAACGGCUCUACACAACUUUCCAGAUAGAAUCCUUUCCGGGGACUGUGAAAGUCUGAAGGAAUAAAUAAUAUAAUUGGCACAGCAUGAGGGUUUGCCUGUGGUAGGCAGCCAACGAAUCCUUAAUGAUGGGUUGUGCAAGCUAAAAUUGUGGAUGUCUCUAUUAUUAUCUUCUGUUGAAGAAUGCACAGUAUUUUCCUAAGAUCCUGGGUUUAACGGUUAGCGGGGAACUGGAACCACUGAAAAACAAAACAAAUUCAACUUGAAGGAGUGUCGGAACCCAAGCCAUCAGUCAGGGCAUGUGUGUCCUCUGAAGCAGGCAGAGCUGAGGAGACGUUCAUAAGCAGUAAUAGGACCCAUUGCCUCUGAAGAAGGGCACGGGGCCAUCGUUUCUCCUCUUAGCCCCUCUUGUGACUUCUCUCCUUCAAAUCAGACAGCUCAGACACAUACAAAAGACAAGAGAUUCCUGUUGCUUUAUCUCAUGAACCCUAACUGUUUUUAAACAAGGAUCACUAUUGAGCAGUAUUAAAUGAAUUAGUUUGUUCUGUUUCAGGUUUUGACUUUUGAAACAAGGUCUUUUUAUGUAGCCCAGAAUGGCUUCAAACUCUCACACCUACUGCUCAGCCUCGGUUCUAAGAUCACAGGUGGGCACCACUGCAUCGGCUGGCAGAACUCUUGUUUAUACUUUUCUGAGAGACAGUGAACAGGGUAGCAGUGACCAGCUGUGAAACCCUGAAGGAAGACAAGAAGGGCCAAAGGGAUUCUGCUCAGCUGUGGAACUAUUCUAGAUAGCCUGUAAGUGGUACCCCAGGGCUCUCCUAUGCUGAGUAGAUGUAUCUAGGCAAGGCAUCAGGAGCAUGCUGGGUUUUGCUGUGUUGGGGAGGGAAAGGCCAUUCCAUACAAUGAGUCUCCCCAUACAAGAAGAAACAAGGCCACGUGGGUACUUGAACAUUGCUCUUUUCUUAAAAGCACUCACAGGAUGACAGUGUUUGUCAUCUCAGAUUCUGCCUGAAAAUCUUUCUAAUUUGUUUUAUCUUCACCACCCCCCCCCCAGCAGUCCUGUUAGCUUAUGUAAAGAAGACAGAGCUUUCAGGAGAACAAAGGCACAUUAUUUCUCAAGUCAGGUUUUGCUGACUACAUAUGCUGUCUCAAGAGAAUAUGCUAGGGAAAUCACAUUUACUGAAAAUUUAAUAAUUUUUAUUUAAAAUAAAUAAUUUAUCAAAUUGGAGACUUCCCUAAGAAAUCUAGAAUGUGAUGGAAUUGACAUAGUACUGUGUCUUGCUUUUGUAAGCCUUGUUAACCCUUUCCAUGCCCAUUGGAGAUUCCCUUGCCUAGAAAAGGUGCAGGAAGCUGAAGAAAAAAAAAACAGAUACAGAGUGUGUUCUAGUAGCCUUAGUCUAAAUAGGGUACCUGUCACCGUGUGUGUAUUAAUAGAGCCAUCGUAGAUCUGAAUGUCCAUAAUGAUGAUUAAUCUUUUAUGUGUAGUUCUCUCUCUGCCUCUGUCUCUGUCUCUCCCUUUCAUAUGCACACACACACACACACACACACACACACACACACACACACACACACACAGAACAUGUGUGUCACAUACACUAACUCCAGGAACCAGGGAGGUUUGUGUAUUGGGGCUUUGGCAGUGCUAUUCCUGUAACGGAUUCAGUUAAUACUUACAAAGAAUCAAAAUCAUUUCAGAAAAAACAAACAAGUGAGCAGACGUUCAUCUUCCCUGUCUCGUCCUUUCCCUAUAAGAAGUAAGACAAAUCAUCAUUUUAUUAACUGCUGAGUAAAACUCAACAAAGUCAAUUCAGCCAGUGAACAGCAUGGUUGUUUCGAAGGUAAAAUUUCACUGUGGGCUUCUGAGGGUGGCGGGACACCAGAGAAUCCAGGCAGCCAUCAGGACCUAAGCACACAAAACCUCAGUAAAGGCCUGUAGGUGAUUUUAGGACCAUGAGAUCACUACUGAUUUGGUUUUUGAGCUUUUUUUUGGGGGGGGGGUGGUAAUAAAAGCCUGUGUGGCCUCAUUGCCUGUGGAAAGUUUUAUGUUCUAUAAAAGACAGCUAGCCUUUUCUCCUCACUAGUCACUAGUUAGUUCGGACAUUUACAGAGCAAAGGAAGGACUCCAGAAUGUCUCCAGAUGAAAACGAAGAAAGCACGGAACUGUGUAUGAGGAAUUCAGUUUAUGGAUCAGUCCCUGCUGGGGGAUGCUGGGAUCUCAGUGGUUCGCUGAUUAGGGUCAACUAUGGCUAGAAAAUCAUGGCACAUAGAAGUGCACGUAGUCAGACACCCUUCAGAGAGUUGAAAGGCCUCAGAAGAAAACCCAACCCUGCCUUGCUGCUGUGAGUAAUCUUCCCUUUGUUCUCCGAAGUAAAAUCUUAUUAUAAUGUUCACUUUUGUCAGGGUCUAGGCUCUUGCCUAUGCAUUAUUUUCCUCAUGCAACAAAGCAAUAAACCCAAGUAGGUAUUCGCAUGCUCAGGCUCCGAUAAACAAGCCGGAGCAGCUCAGGCCUCCUUUGAUGACUAAAAUGGCAGUGGUUACAACCCCGGGGCAACCUGCCCGGUUUGCUGCUCUCUUUAAGGACCAAUCUGUCUGCCCUGCUUUUUUUUUUUUUUCUUUUCUGCUUAUUCUGCAGCUGAACUCAUGAUCUAUCAGGCAGGACGAAGGACCAGAUGGGAUUUUCUAGUACUGGGAUACUUUCAGGGCUUCAGGGUCCAAGGGUCUUAAGGAGAUAAGGUUAGCGUCUGAAGCAAGGGUUUCCUAAACCAAGUUGUCACUUGAAGAUUCAUGGUCACCGCAUCUACAGUAGUCUCUGGUUAAACCCAAAAGAAGGAUUACUGAGUGCCAACCCAGCCAGGUGGCAACUGUGACAGCUAAUUUUCCGUGGGUGGAGUGAGAUAAAGUCUCAUCAAGAACACCAACCAGCUUAGGAUUUUCCCUAAAACUCUCUUCCCAGUUCACUGCCCUCGCCCUUCCCUUUCCUUUCGUUUCAUUGCUUAAGAGACUGCUUAGUAAGUGGCCAAAUAGUUAAGAGGGGGUUGGCUUGGAAGCAGAUAACAGGAGAUCUUAACUAUCAGUAAUAGCCAGUCUCACCGCCUCACACCAUAAUCAGGCAAUGACACAGAGAUGUUUAAAAACAACGUGGCUUGGGAGAGGAAACAUUUGAUUAAGACACUCCCCAUCUGUAGCUGUAAGGCUCACACAGCCACUGUGUGCCCAGGUUUCUUGCACUUCCUUCUGAAAUGAGAAGGAACUGGACCAACUGCAGUUUUCUAAUCUCCUUCCAUCUUACUGUUCUCAAACAUGACUUAUUUAUAUUGUAAGUUUGAAAGACACACAAAAUGAAUAUUCAAUUUAGGUGUUUCCUUGUCCAUGAUGAGAAAACUCCAACUCAAGCUUCCAUUCAUUCCAUACUUUACAAGCUUGGAGAGUGGCCACAGUAACCCAGUUUCCAGCAUUCAGACAUCAGUAAAUAUCCUUUGGUUAAAAUCCCUAUUCCCCAAACUCACUGUUCUCACGGAAGUGGUGAUUUUGCUCAGGGAAAUGUUCUGCAACAUCACCGUGAGGGACCAGACACCUGGAGUCUGAAUUUUGAGAUCUUGCAUCAUACCUGCUGUAGCAACAGAGCCCACUCCAAAUUCUCAGCCCACAUCAUUUUCCCCAAACAGUCCUAAUUGCCAACCCUGUGUGGGAAUUUGGGAGCCUCUGGCAAACAAGCUUGAACACUCCUGACAUUUGGUGCAAGAUUUACACAACAGCAACUGUCUCCACACACCUUUCCCGCCAAGUACAUGCAGACGUAUACAUCCAUUCUGCGCCUUCCCCCACCCCCGCCCCCACCCCCGCCCCCUGGAGAGAGGAUUUGAUUGAUUUCAUUAGAAAGUUCUCCUCUUGAUUUACAUGCAUAACAGACAGCACAUCAUUGGGAGAGAUGCUGUCACUUAUAAGAACGGAGUUUUCCCAUUUGCCCCAUGUCCGUCCAUGUUCACAGAGUGUCUAAGUCAUUACAGCAGAGAGGGUGGCUGCACCUAACCUUCCCUGGUUCUGUAUAAAAGGUCAUAGCUUGCAUUUUUUGCUCUCUGACCAAAUUUCAACCAGAGUUAAAUGGAUGUAUUUAGUGUGGUGAACAUCUUCAUUGCCAGAAAAGAUUUCAGCUCUUCAAAUUUGAGGGAGUAUAGCCAGUUGGGAAAGGGCUAAUUAUUGUUAGUGGUGAUGGUGGUUGGGUUUUUUUCUCCUCUCAAGGUGACAGAAGAUCUAUGGUGAGAGCAGAAAGAUGUUUCUUAAUUGACCUACUUAAGGUCACUGCAGAAAAGGGGGAGAAGUCCAGAAGGUCCUGGGAGAUUGGGUUCACACUAACACUCUGAAUCAUUUCUGAUCAGUUUUUUUUUUUUUUUCUAUGCUGAAUCUUGUCUUAUCCUAUGAUCCAGUUACCAGUUUUGGUAUUUUUAAGUCUUUCUCAUUGUAUUUUGGGGAAUUUUUAGGCUGAGAAUAAAAUCUACUAUUGGAACAGACCUGUGCUCUGCAGAGGCAUCACGUGACCCAGACAACGGGUGGCAGAAUAUCUGGGUUCCCCUGGAGACACCCCCAACCCCUGGGUGAGCUUUAGAACCUAACAACAGACUGUUAUCCUUAUCACCAUCCUCUGGGACAUGGGGGAUGAUGCAGUCAGAGCCUUGCUACUUCUGGGCUUUGUUUCUCUCUAUGGCAACCAUUUUAUCCUGCCUGGAAAUGGCUUCCUGCCCUACGUGGAGAGCAGGCACACUUACAGCCAAGGAAGUGGUCAAACAGAUCCCUAAGUUCUCUCCAUGCUACAACAAAUUCCCUAAUACACACAACCAGAAACUCAGCUCCUGGGUGGCUUAGUACCCACAAGGUCACUUUCCUGUUCUAAGAGCCUUCGGUAUCCAGAUUCUUCUACAAACCACCUCAACUCUUUCCUCUUUCUUCCCUCCUCCAUAAAAUCUCAGCAUCCCACCCCCACAUUGCACAACAGUGAUCAGAUCAGCUGGUCACUAUAGAGAUUUGUAUAUAUUAAAACAAACCUACUUUUUGGAGAAUUUUUUGUAUAUUCUUUUCUAUUUGUUUUCUACAAAUUGAGGACAGAGCUGGCAAACUGUGAAUCUAAUUUUAUCUUGAUGCCAGCAGAUAUAUUUUAGCUUCCUGGUAUGAAUCUAUGUUACUAGGGACACCAUAUCACCCUCUGAUCAGUAUUGCACCUCCAAUCUACAAAGUUAGUUUGGCCCAAUCUUACAUUCUCUCUUCCACAAAUCCCCAAAUUUCUUUGCUAUUAUUUAUACAGAGAAUAUUUAUAGUCCUGGAUAUUACAAGUUUUAAUGUUAAUUUAACUUUUAAUAACAUUACACAUUUGUAUCUACUCUUCAAAAAUCAUAAAGACUCAGAGUAGGCUGAUAUAGUCUCUUUGGUAUCUGUAAUUUUUUCAGACAGAUAUUUUCUUAUGAUAUUUUCUAUAAAACCACAUAGAUAGAAGUAUAGCUAAUUAGAGCACACAUUUCUAUAGCAAUUUGGGGUAUCAACUGUUUCCUGAGCAUACAGACACAUUUGAGAAAUUUUGGAACUCAGUCCUUAAUGAUGCAAUGAAUAACUUGACCAAACUCAGAACGAAGAAUUGCUUAAGCCCCUUAGGUAGUUAGCAUAUACAACUGAACAGUUAAUCCUUCAGCAUCAAGGAAUGGUGCUGACUGCUGUUUCCCGACACCAGUUCUUGUUUGCCCAAUGGACCUUUCUAAUUUUAUUUUUCUAUAAGAAGAAUAAAGGCCGGUGCUAAUAGCGGGACCGCUUCUCUAUCAGAAUCUCCCAUGCAUUUCUAGAUGUUUAUGUGAAAAUUGGCCCUAAUGAAACAGAGUAGCAAAGACUGAGGAUGGUUAGGAAGAAAAGAAUUCAGGACAGGUUUGGUGCAGUUUUAAGUCUUGCCAAGCAAAAUGAUAGCAAAACCUCACAUUGUUAUAUGAAUUGAACAUAUAUUUUUAAGAAGAAAUGAAAGACAACAUAUUUUUAGUACCCAUUCAGAAUCCAUGCUGUAUCCCUGGGGGCGGGGCAGAGCUGGGAGUUAGAGGCAUACUGAGAUUAUUUAGCAUAAACUCAAAUACUUUAUCCUCAGGUAGGCAACAAACUUAUGUAACCUUCCCACAAGGUAAACCAGUAGCCACGGAAAACACAAGGUGUCUUUUCUCCACCGAACACACACUCUGCAAUGGUGGGAGGACUGGUAUUUUACUGUGUUUGAAAGAAUAGCCUGUUACAUAGAUGACAUAGUAGGAUGUAUUCAAACCCGCUCCUCAUUAAGCGAACAGAUUAGCUGUGCCCUCAACUGGCUACGAUUGUAUCUGUUUUCACCGCUAGCUAUCAGAGCAUGAGUUUCUUGUGUGUACACGCUGAUACUUGGUUCACGCAUGAAGACAGUGCCUAUGCACUUUGUGUAGCUAUCAUGUAGGUAUUUGUGUGUAAUUUCAGUGAAACAAUGUAUAGACGUAAUUUAAUGUAACUGUUUUUCUUGGCUGUUUAUCUAAAUGCAGUAGAUAUGUCGGUUGCCGUUUGGAAACCUUCCUUUGCAGUCUUAGGUGUCGUCUAAGAGUUAUUUCUCGUUCUCAAUGUGACCUGAGUGAAGAACUUAACCUAUGAAACCCCUGUACUCAUGAUUGUUUGCAAAUCUCUGAGUCCAGCACCUUUGUAAAUACAGCCCCGAGGAGGAAUGGGGGUGAAUGUGUUUCCUGUUACUCAGUGAAAUAUCAGCCUACGCCUGCAUCAUUCCCACUCAGUGCACCAGUGGAACUUGUGGUUACCAAGUCUGAGGGAGGUUUAGAAUGAAGACACUCGUCUCUCCUCCCUCACUGGUGGACUGGGCUUAAAGAGACAGAAAAAAAAAUCAAAAAGUCCAUCUCCUCUUCAUACUCAAAUCAUGUCUUCUGGGGGAAGGGUCAACCUCUCUGGUUGUCAGAUCUUCACUUGAUGGUGACCUUCAUCAUGGCCUAAACAUCAUGGCCUGAAGAACCUUGUUACCUUUGACUUCCCGAGUUGGAGUACAAGAAUGUUUUUAUUGAUUAGUAGUCAUGCAGGUGAGCCUGAGCCUCCCCCGAAAGCACAGUUCUGGCAGCAAAUUGCACACCUGUGAGAGAACAACAGAGUACUAGAAGCACACGAAGGCUCAGGGCCAGCAACAGCCAGGGGCCAGCAAUGGUUGAGGACCAGCAAAGGCCAGUGGUCAACCUUGGCAUUGGCAGAGGACCAACCUUUGAUGGACUGAUCUUGAGUAUGUGACAGGAGGCUGAUCUCCUCUACUCAGCCUGCUCUGCUUGCCUGUGUGGAGUAGGUGGAGAUGAGAUUAACAAUGGCAAUUAGAUGUGAUUUUGCGAACUGCAUUCUCACUAAAUACCAUACUUUGUAGUUCCUGUAACCCCUCUCUUCCCCACAAAGACAGAAGAAACAGCAAUGUGCUCGAGAGUACCCCUCCCUUUCCUCACAGAUCAUUGAGAGGUGAAGCAAGCACACUCAUUUUCAGGGGCUUCCCCAGAUGUGUGGAGUGAGGGGAUAUGGUGACUGUGCCCUUCAAAUUAUGGAUGAAAAAAAAAAAAGUACAGAAGGGAAGGAGACUUUAGGCAGGAUUAUUUUUGAAUGAAAGAUCAGAUUAAUGUUUUCCCUUCCGCUCACAGUCCCCGUUGGUCUGGUGUCAUGUAGCAUAGUGCGUCUAUAGCACAUGGUAUUUAAAGACUAAUGAAUGCAAAGAGACUAAUUUGGGGGCUGUUUCUUAUAUAUGGUACUAGGAAAUGCCUUGUUGGCAAAGCACACCUUGGGUAGUUGAGAUCUCCUGUGUUCGUCUUUAGCUUUCCUUGUGAUGUAGACUCAUGACUGUAACAUUUCAUGUGUAAAAUAACUGGAUAUUCUUCAUAUGAUGGAAAUAACCUGUGAAUUCAAUCUUUCACUAAGUGUUUUAACUACUGUGUAUAUAUAUCUCUCUCAUCAAUAAAUGUAGAUUGCAAUUUC